AUGGUGACUCACGACCCCACAGAAUACAUGGACCUCGACGACCCGACACUCCCUGGAUCCUCUCGUUCAUCCUCCCCGUCCUCUCCCAGCGUUCUGACGAUCGAUUCUUCGCCUCCUUCGUCUCCCAACAUCGUUCCGCUGGGUUCUGCGCCCUCGUCUCCUGGCCUCGCUCACCCUUUCGCAGCAUCUACCAAGGCGGACAGGCCUCCAAAGAUUUAUGAGAAGCGCUCGCGCUGGGAUGAGGAUCAUAGCCAACAAGCGACGAGCAUCAAGGCACACGACCAUAUGGACUUGGGCGAAGGGCCGAGUUCAUUCCCUCCACGAGGCUAUACAUACGUCGUGAAUGAACGGGAAGUUACUGAAACGUCUCGCAUGCCACAAUUUGGGGAUCUGUUCGCGGCAUCUGCCAAGGGUGCAUGGCAUCCUCCCCGCAGCGAGAGGAAGCUGGCUCGCGUGCAUUCUUGCGGGAGUGCAUAUUCGGACGCAAGCGAGUUCAUGCUAGAACGCGCUACUGGGAGCAACUUCUCCUUGAAGCCCGUCUCUGACAAUGGCGAAGACACCGACACGCUUAGUAUGACCGACCAGGAGGAUACGCACAAUAAUCGUCCGAAUCGUUGGAGUUUCACCACCGAUGAGGAUCGCGGGCAGCUCAUGUGGGAUGAGGCAAUUACGAAGGCAUGGGACGUUGCAGCCGAAGGCGGCGACAUUGAAGUGCACAUGAAUGAUCGUUCGUUGCUACAGACACCCGUCACCUACAUCCCGCCAUCCAUCAGCGAUCUCGGGAACACGAUCCCCGACGUCUAUCCUCCUGGCACGGUUUCUUUCGCCCAGCGGAGCAUUGCGAACGGUCUUGUCCCCCAUAAGCGGCCUUUCACACGUUCUGUCACCUUUCCAGUGUCAAUGACGCCGAAUCUACCAUUCUUGACCGAAGAUGGUGGUCGCCGCGUACUGAUGAAGUCGGGGAGUACAACUUGGGUGAAACCCACGAUGUCGUCAUUAACAUCGCGUCAGAAGGAGAUCCAUCUCUACCUCAGCAAUAAUGCUAUUCGCACAUUGCCGGUGGAGCUGUUCCACCUCCCUCGGCUGACCAUUUUGAUUCUUCGCAGCAACAUGAUCUCCGUCCUGCCACCACAAAUCGCCCAGCUGCAUGGUCUCCGCGAACUCGACAUCACGUUCAACAAGCUCUCGUGGCUGCCCGCGGAGUUGCUUAGUAUGAAGAUCGAGGAUUUCAGGAUCUCCGGGAAUCCAUGGAUGAUUCCUGUUGAUGCAUUUGAUGAUGCCACAGGACAGAACCAGGAGCAAGUGUCGGAUGCAGGGAAUAGUGCAUCCUCAGUAGAAGAGAAGAAAUCCAAACCUUCGCAUCCUCUCGUGCACUUCACCAUCCUUCCCCUCUCCGAACUAUGCUUUCGCUAUCUACUCUCGCCGGCCAGUGAAUAUGCUGAAAUCGCUCGUGAGACGGACUGCUCGGGAAAAACGGUACUGGAGGCAAAGUACGCGCUCCCUCUUGCCGAAAGCGACAAGCCGCGCUUUGUCAUCGAGACGCUCCGCUCGUGCCUUCCCAACGCAGUAGCGAAGCCGGCCUCGAGGAAAAUAUCGAAAAGCUAUUUUGACGAUGACGUGCAUACUCGAAGAAAUGCCAGCCAUCCCGUAGGCUAUCCCGCCAACGUCUCAGACGAAGGGUGCGACAGCGACAUUUCUCCAGGGAUCUUUGUAUGCCCUUCAUCCGACCAUCGUACGGAAGACGGCGCCUGGGUCAAUGAGCGGACGCCCAUCUUCGUGCAUCCCGCUGAGGAACGGACCACAUGGGAGCGCUCCGUCGCGGGGCACGACGUCAGCGCAGAAUGCCAGGGACGUGGGGUGCCUGUGCGUUGGCGUGGUUGUAGGAGGGGCUGCCUGAACUUCUUGGACACGCUAGAAGCAGCGGGUGCGCAGGAGCACCAGGAGGACGUCGAGAUGACAGAGUUUGAUGGCGACGGGGAGCAGGAACAGAGCGUGCAGGUUGUACAACUUGGCACGGGGGGAUUGGGGGAUAUGGAAGACUUUGACAUUGAGUAGCGGGUGUCCCGGUGAGGGCGAAUCGGAAUUAAAUGUACUGCUAGCUGACCCAUUCAUAACACAACCUAUUCGAUACAGUCUUUGCAUCACUCUAUUCCAUAUGUACAGCACAUUUUUACCCUGUAAUACUGCAGUCCGACGGUGUGCAUAUCCCGAAUGAGAGAAGAAAGCAGAAUGAGG